AGUGAUGGUGCAAUCAAGAAUUACUGUUGUACUAUAAAUAGUUUGUUCAUGGGUAUAUUAAACUUGAGCAUAUACAGAAUAAGCAAAGAGCUUGAGUGUACAUUUCCAUCGUAAAAUGGCUUCUGGUUCAGGAAAUCAAGGGAACACGUCUUUUGACGGACAACAGUUGCGUCAGGAGCUGUAUGACAAAGGUUACGCAGUUGUCCCUGACCUUUUGACCCUGAAGGAAUGCGACGCGCUGACGUCACAGUUCAGGGACUGGGUAGGCAAGUUUGAAGAGGGCCAGAUUCCCCUCCAAAAGAAGAGCUCUGUGAUACAAUCUUACAGAGUCGGCCAUUUUCAACAGAGCUGGGAGGUGCGUCUAAGGGCCAAGGCCGUUUUCCAAGCAGUGUGGGGAACGGAGAAACUGCUCUCUAGUGUUGACGGAAUAGCCAUCUCCAAACCACCUCUAAAUGCUGAUGACUAUCGUGACCCACAUACUGACUGGCUACACUUAGACCAAGGGGUGCGACGAGAGGGUCUUCACGCAUACCAAGGGGCCGUCUAUCUGGAGGAGCAGACCCAAGACGAUUAUUGCUUUAGGGUGCUGCCAAAGUCACAUUUAUACCAUGCUGAGUUUUAUCAAACCUUUUCAGAUGCUACAAAGAGAACAGAACGUAGUGAUUUUUGUAAAUUGUCUAAAACACAGAAGGAUUUCUUUUAUCGAAAGGGAUGCAACUUGGUUAAUGUUCCGGUGCCCAAGGGCGGCAUUGUUCUAUGGGACUCUAGGACCGUUCACGACAACACACCUCCGAUCGCAAAAAGACCGAAUCCCGAUAGAUGGCGCUUCGUCGUCUUUGUCAGUAUGACGCCUGCCAUCUGGGCGAGUGAAAAGGACAUGGAAUUCAAGAAGGACACCUAUCGGCGAAUGCUUCUCACGUCUCAUUGGUCAUCCCAAGGACUGAAAACGUUCAAAGAGUACAUAGAAAAUAAAAGGAAGCGGAACUACGUCAACGUCAGCAUCGACCAUUUACCGGACGUAGCUAAGACACAGGAAGCCAGGCUGUUGGCGGGAGACGAACAUUACGACUUCGAGGACGGACGACCAAACGGUCCCGCUGCACCGAAAUGGAGAUUCGGUAUUUAUUAAAUCCUCGGUACCUCUCGGUACCUUUAGCUAUUCCUAGUGAUCAGCUUAAAAGAGUGCCAAAUGUUGUAUGAUUGUGUACGGAGACAGAGUAAACUCAGGGAUUUUUCUUCCCCGUAAACACCGACAUAACUGAGAAUUGUAAGAUAUAUACGAAAUCAUGUUGAACUCCAAUUCAAACAAUUAUUCUUUUCCUAUAGAAUGCAAAAGGAUGAAAGAUGUCUAAAUUAUAGACAGACCUUUGUCUACCCCGAAAUAAUGGUUCAUUUGCAUGUAUGAUGAAUAAACUAAAUUUAAAGUAAA